CAGCGCUGCGGAGGCGAGGGCCGCGGGUCCGGGUUCGCGCGGCGCGGCGAUGAUGAACAGGUUCCGAAAGUGGCUGUACAAACCCAAGAGGUCGGACCCACAGCUGCUCGCCCAGUUCUACUAUGCGGACGAGGAGCUGAACCAGGUGGCCGCUGAGCUGGACAGUCUGGACGGGCGGAAGGACCCACAGCGGUGCACACUGCUCGUCAGCCAGUUUCGCUCCUGUCAGGACAACGUGUUAAACAUCAUUAAUCAGAUCAUGGAUGUGUGCAUCCCCCAGGACCGAGCCCCGCGGGAUUUCUGCGUCAAGUUCCCUGAGGAAAUCCGGCACGACAACCUGGCAGGCCAGCUGUGGUUCGGUGCUGAGUGCCUGGCUGCUGGCUCCAUCAUCAUGAACCGUGAGCUGGAGAGCAUGGCCAUGCGCCCCCUGGCCAAGGAGCUGACGCGCAGCCUGGAGGAUGUGCGGGGCGCUCUCCGCGACCAGGCGCUGCGGGACCUCAACACCUACACGGAGAAGAUGAGGGAGGCGCUGAGGCACUUCGACGUCCUGUUUGCCGAGUUCGAGCUGAGCUACGUCUCUGCCAUGGUGCCCGUGAAGUCCCCCAGGGAGUACUACGUGCAGCAGGAGGUCAUCGUGCUGUUCUGCGAGACCGUGGAGAGGGCCCUGGACUUCGGGUACCUGACCCAGGACAUGAUUGAUGACUACGAACCGGCCCUCAUGUUUACCAUCCCCAGGUUGGCCAUCGUGUGCGGCCUCGUGGUUUACGCAGACGGACCCCUGAACUUGGACCGCAAGGCAGAAGACAUGUCCGAGCUAUUCCGGCCCUUCCACACAUUGCUGCGGAAAAUAAGGGAUUUGCUGCAGACCCUGACCGAGGACGAGCUUCACACACUGGAAAGGAACCUCUGCAUUUCCCAAGACGUGGAGUUCCCCAUCCGGGCAGACACCCAGGUGCCCCCAGCCCUGGCACCAGCCUUCCCCUCACCCCUACCCGCCGAGGAGCUGCUCUCAGCCAAGGCCAAGAACCCGGAGGCGGAGCUGGCCUGCUCCAUGCAGUACGACGACCAGGAGCUGGAGCAGCUCAACCGCAUGGUCCACAGGGCAGGGGACGAGAUGUCGUCCCUCCUCUCCCCGCCCAGUGCCUGCCAGUCCCCCGCACGCCGGCCAGGGGUGGAGGGCAGCCCCCGUGGGGAGGCGUCCCCAGGCAGUGCACGGCUGCGGCCGGGCAGUGACGAGGAGGAAGGAAGGGUGUUCUUCAUGGAUGACGUGGAGGGGGCCGCAGAGGCCCCGGGCGGCCUGUCCGGGUGGGCGGGCAGUGCCAGUGCUGACCCCCAGGAGAGAGGGCAGGGCGGGGGGUGCAGAGAGGUGGAGGAGGGGGACCUGAGCAAUAACAACGACGUCCCUCACGACAAGAUGUGGGCGCUGGGCCCCAACUCCUGCAGCUGCCUGGACGGGCAGCCGCACCUGGACGGCUGGGAGGGGGGCGUGGACGCUGCGGAGACGGCCGAGAUGAUCGCCCACCGGACCGGGGGCAUGAAGCUCUCAGCCACCGUCAUCUUCAACCCCAAGUCGACGCCCACCGUGGGCUCUGCCGUCACCGCCACAGAGGCCUCCAGGGACGGUGUCUCCCUGUCGGAGCCUGUGGCCGAGGGGACAGACGGUGGCUCCCACAAACUCAGCACUGCGGCCACCAGCUGCCUCCUUAACUCCUGUGUGUGCUGCGGGGGCUGUGGGGGCGGCAGGGAGGACCCUGCCGCCCAGAGUCUGCGGGACAAGUGUGGCCCGGGAAGCGUCAUCAGCACCUCUGACCUCGGCUCCGCCAAGGCCAGCGCCAAGGGCUCAGCCCAGAGACUGGAGGAGGCCCGGCCUGUGCUGGAGGCACUGCCCUCAGAGGACGCCCCCAUUUCCAAGUGCCUGACACACACCUCGGGGCCUCAGCUGGACACAGCAGACGGGUCACCUGGAGCGGGCAAUGGCACGGGUCCCACAAGGGAGCCUCAGGCUGGACUGCAGGACAAGGGGCAGCCCUCGAAGGCCAGGGUGCAAAGUCAGCAGGGAGAGGCGGCCGAGGAGGAGCCUCAGUGCCUGUCGGGCUCCAGCGGCCCCACGGACCAGGCCGGGCUGGAGGCUGCCCCCUCGGCCACAAGAGAGAAGAUCCGGUCCAGGUUCCACGGCAGCCACGACCUCAUCCACCGCCUGUUUGUCUGCAUUUCAGGGGUGGCUGACCAGCUGCAGACAAACUAUGCCAGCGAUCUGAGGAGUAUCCUCAAGACCCUUUUUGAGGUCAUGGCCACCAAGCCCGAAACAGACGACAAGGAGAAGUUAAAGAAGGUCACCCAAAGCCUGCGGAGUGCGGCCUUGGAGGACUGUGCCCUGUGCCAGGAGACCCUGUCAUCCUCUGAGCUGGCAGCCAAGACCCGAGAUGGGGACUUGGAAGAUCCACCGGAGUGGGUCCCAGACGAGGCCUGCGGCUUCUGCACUGCGUGCAAAGCGCCCUUCACCGUCAUCCGCCGGAAACACCACUGCCGCAGCUGCGGGAAGAUCUUCUGCUCCCGCUGCUCCGCGCACUCGGCGCCGCUGCCGCGCUACGGGCAGGUGAAGCCCGUCCGCGUGUGCACGCACUGCUACGUGUUCCACGUCACGCCCUUCUACAGCGACAAGGCGGGCAUCUGACGCGAGCCCCGGCAUCCCCACACCUGCCGGGGCCCCCGCGGACUCCCGGGGAGGAGGUGCCGCUGGCUGCGGGUCUCCACGCACCUCAACAAGCUGCUGCUGCCGCCACUGGAGGGCGCUGCAGGCCGCCCAGACUCGCAGGACGCCCCGCGCCUCCGUCCCCGCCCCGCCCCCCCACCGGUGCCCACCCCCCCUCACCCCCCCACGGGCCAGCAAGAGGUCGGCUCCGGGCAGUGGGGGUGUCCCGGGCGGCCAGGUGGUUGCCUGGGCGGGGGUGGGCGCGCCUCCUGCCCGCCCCCGCCCCCGGCGCCCGCCCCCGGCCCCGGCCCCCGCCGAGCUGCUGUCCCCAGGCUGAGCCGUAGUAGAAGGCCUACUCGGAGCCUGCUCUUGACCGGGAAAGUGGGGUCGCACCUGGGGCCAAAUCCUGGGCAAGAUGGGGGACACCUCCAGGAGAGGGGUCAGGCCUCAGUGUCCCCCGGAGGGCUUCCCCGUGCUCUGCCCAUUCUCUCUCCCUGCCCAUAGCCCACAGCUGCCUGUCCCUGCUCCCCUUCGGGACCUUGACCAAACAACAGGCGAGUUGGUUACUCUCAGAGGGGGAGAUGCAGAGGCACACCCAGCUCUUCUGGGCCCACCCAAAGGCGCGCCCCUGCCCACGGGUGCCCAUCUGCUGAUGGGAUGGGGGGCAAACAGCUGCCUGCACGGCGCUGAGACCCAGGUCCCCAGGCUCUCAGACCAGGGCUCCCAGGGGCCAAGGACCACCACCCACCUGCUGCCACCACCCCCUUCCCUCUGUCCCCCGGGAACCCUGGCCCACCUCCUCCCACCCCGGAUUGGCCCGGGCCUCAGGCUGAGGCGGCCAGCCAGCCCCAGCACGGACACCUCAGGCUUAAAUCUCAGGCUUCACAUUGCAGUGACGAUUGCAGCUUUAUUUUUAGAGAGACGGCACACUACUUCUUCUUUUAUAAGAAAAUCCAGCUUCUGCUGAACAGUGGGUGCACAUGCACAGAAACAGCUUCGGGGGGGGUAUACAAAGGAGGGAAUAUUAUGUAUUGAGAUUAUUUUUAUUUUCUAAAUGCUGUAAUUCGAAGCCAUUUCCAUAAAUCUCUUUAAG